AUGCUUGUACAGGAAGACCCAGGCAGUCGCCGCAAAUCUCGUAAACCACGAUCUCGUGAGGAUGAAGAUGCUAUGAUGUCCGGCGCUGCCCCUGCGCCAGAGAGGUAUGAGCGCCGUCACUCGCACAAGACUCGAUCGCGCGAAGACGACGAUGUCAUCAUGGUCGACCCCGACCUUGCAAAUGAUAAGCGCGAGCGCCGCCGGUCUCAUAAGACAAGAUCUCGCGAAGACGAAGACAUGGCCAUGGCAGAUGACAUAAUUACGCCUGGUCUGCGAGAUCGUCGCCGCCGAGAUAGGAGAUCUCGAGACGAGGAACCUGUUAUGGUAGAAGCUGACGUUCCCACUGACCCUGCUCUGCCACGAGGUUCAAAGAAGGGCUUUGCUGGCCUCUUCAGUGGUCUGAGAACACCCAAGAACGAACGUCCUGACCCUCUCCGACGCCGCAGGCUAAGGACGAAGCACGCCGAGAGCGACGUCGACAACGUGAUAAGGGAGCGGAUACUCAAAGACAGGAUCACGAUGCACGCAGGUCCGAGCGCCGUGCCGCUCGACAACGUGGCGAAGAGGAAAGACGAGCUCAAGAGGAGCAGCAAGCAGAGGAAGAACUGCAGCGAGCACAAGAAGCGAAGGAAGCCCAAAGAUCAGAGCGUAGGCGUUUGCGUAGAGAACAAGAGGCUGCAGCUGCCGCGGAGCAAGAAGAGCAAGAAGCCCGCCGAGCCGCAAGACGCGAGCGUCGACGACCUCGACCGGCUGAUCCAUCCGAAGACGAGCAUGAGCGUCGUCGUCGUCGAGAAGCCAAAAGAGCCGCUCGACCUACUGAUGAAGUUGAAGGUCAUCAACGAAGGCCACGACGGCAUGAGGAGAUGCAGCAGCCAGCUUGGCCACAUCUCGGAACCUCUUCGUGGGUUCAAGAGCACGUUGACGCACCGCCCCCGCCAGAGCUCCCCCAAGCUGCCGAUGCCAAUGGAGAACAAGAUGAGGACGAUGAGAUGGCACGACGUGAAGCUCGACGAGCUCAACACCGAUCCAAGUAUUCCGACGAGACGCCAGAUGAGGCUGAAGAAAGGCGAAAGCGACGAGCAAGGCGUGAAGAGCGAGAGCGAGGUGGUCGUCAUCGCGACAGGCGAUCUGAAGGUAGCGAUGAACGAUACCAAACCCGUCGAGCGUCAAACCCCGUGGAUACGGCACCAGCUCCUCGUACGAGCUGGUGGAAGAAGAUCAAGAGAUGAUAGAUGA